ACAGCUGUAUAUCUUGCCCUUCAGCUAUCCUUCUACAUCACUCACAACAACAUCACUACAACAAUCACAACAACAACAUCACUACAAAUAACAACAUCUCUUCAAUCACAUCUUUCAACUCAUAUCUAAACCAAUAACUCAAACCUUCAUCAAAAUGCGUUCCGCUAUUGCCUUCACUCUCUCCACUCUCGCCCUUGCUGUCUCCGCAGCUCCGGCACCUCGAUCUGGAGGCACUGUUCAAGUUCAGUUUGCCAACGAUGUUUCUGGAGCAAACGGCAACGCCUUUAUCCCUCUUGAUGGAUCUGAAGUGAGCCUUGGACAGGCUUACGCCAACACCAAUCUCGCCAAGGAUGGCACUCUCUUCGUCACCAGCCUGCAGUUCACUGCUGAUUUCGCCAAUGUGGACUGUGUCGUCUUGAAGGAUUUCGCCAAGGUGGUUGCCAGCAUUGCUGACCCAGAGCGAGACUUCCAGAAGUUCUCUCAGACACCUUUGGACUGGGAGACUGGUUUCACUAUUAGCUGCAUCAAGGUCUAAGCUCAGAGUAUAGACUGGAUUUUAGAAGGGGUUUGGUUUUGGGGUUUGGGUUCUUGGUUCUUGGUUCUUGGUUCUCGGGUUUUGAUUUUGGGCAUUCAUUAGAAUAGCGCUACUAGAACAUACAUGUGCGGGUCGAUCCUUAAUCACAAC